CAAUAGGCACCAAAGUCUCCUUGGCAAAGAAUAAUAAUGAAACUAAAUACCGUAAUAUUGCUGAUUUGAAUGCGGCCAAGAUCGUAUUUGCCACGGCUAGGUGUAGACGGGCAAAUAGGUUUUGACAAGAAGCACAAAAUUGACAGCCAUGUUGGCCUAAUAUUUUGAUGGUCACGUGUGUUUUGGCGCCUAACUGCAAGUGCUUAUAGGUUCGUACGGAAGGUAGGCUAUUUUGAAUUUGAAUCUUUGUGAAGGUCGCACACCAUUUUAUUGUUGGAGCACUAGUUCGAAAGUGAUAUGGAUUCGUCUGCUACAUCACCAAAGAAGGCGAAGAAGACAGCAGCGCCCAAGAAGCCUGCCGCACAUCCUGCGUAUAAGGACAUGGUCGCGGAAGCAAUCAGAAUUCUGAAGGAGCGAAAUGGGUCAUCGCGACAGAAAAUUGCCAAGUAUUUACAAUCUAAUUACAAAGGUAUCGGUGAUGAGAGCGCUCUGAAGAGAAACCUGAAAGCCUCCUUGAAAAAACUGGUCGCUUCUGGCUCUCUCAUCCAAACGAAAGGGGUAGGGGCUUCCGGUUCGUUCAAGCUGCCUGCCGCUGCCAAGAAGCCUGCAGCAGUGAAAAAGCCAGCAACAGCAAAGAAGGUUGCGAAAAAGCCAGCAGCGGCGAAAAAGGCUACUGCUAAGAAGGCUGCAACUUCAGUCAAGAAAAGCCCUGCAAAAAAGAAGGCCUCGACACCAAAGAAAGCCAGCGGA